UAUUAGUUUAACAGUAUUACGCAUUAUGUUCAAGACACCCAAAAUCUGCUGUGAUGUGUACUCUGGAACAGGAAAUGAGUGCAGACAGAGGAGGCAGGCAAGCUGAAACCGGCACAAGGCUCUGCUGCACACACAAACACACACGCUCAUACUCGCGUAUACGCUCUCACACUGGCCACGCGCUGCGUCUGCCAGCACUGGAACUUCAGAUAAAAGGACAGACAAAACACUGAAGCAAAAAGAGAGGGAGCAAAAGCAACAAAAAAACGAGUGAAAGAUAAGAGGAAAUAAAAAGAAAAAGGACAGAUAUCUGAGUGGUGUUGGCUGGAAUUUUUAAAGACUGAGGAAGAAAGAAAGGCGUCUGGUUAGGAUGGUGCUGCAGUCUCCUUCCACCAGGAAGGCUUUGCUUGAGCCGUGACCCCAGCGUGACCUCUGCAGGUGUUGAGAAGUGGAGCGAUGGGUGAGGUGGGCAAGAUGGCGUCUUCGUGCAGCAUGGGCCUGGUGCUGGUGGAGUUUGAGUAUGAGUACAUGGGUCGAGACGGCUGCAUGGUGUCCAUCAAACCCAACGAGCGGUACACCCUUCUGGCCAAGACCAACAACCAUUGGUGGCACGUGCGCAAAGAUGAGCGUGCCAAGCCCUUCUACAUUCCGGCAAAGUAUGUGAAGGAGUUGCCGCCCACUCUCCCCUCACCCCUGGACUUUGCGGACCCUCCAGGGCCAGAACCAAGGCCUCCUGCGCCCGACCUGGCAGAAAAGCCCAAGCCCAAUGAGGUCACCAUCAGGUUGCGCUCUCCAGGGAACUGCCGCAAGACUGACAACCGUAUGUCUACGUUCGGCGUUCCCCUGGACAUCCAUGACCCUCCGUCAUACCUGCAUGGUGGCUUAGCAGACUCCCUCCUAUCCCUUCACCCUGUCCCUUCAGUCCCAGCUCCAGAUGCCGCCCAGCAGAAAAAGAGACUUAGCCUUGCACCCAACUUGCUGUUUGGUUCUCGGGGUGCCCCCAUAGAAGAUGCUUCUCAGAAGUCCCGUGUGCCCAGCUUUAGCCCUGCUGACCCGCUCCCUCGACAGGCCAAGCCUGUGGAACCACCGACGGUCAAGAACCUGACAGAGCCCAGACAUCAGGGACUGCCUCCAAAGCCAGAACCGCUCAUAGAGCCAGACGAGGAGUCCAGUCCGGAACCGACGGGCUCCUCAGACACUGAGAAUAUAUAUGAGUCCAUAUUGGACCUGAAACUGGAUGACUUGAUAAAAACUGAACCUGUUCCUACUGCUGUGCAAGAGCCUGCAGCCAGUGCACCUGCAUCUGCACCACAGGCCAAGCCAGAGAAUGAGAACCCCACCACAGCAGUGUAUGCUAAUGUCACUGACCUGAAGAAGACCACACGCUCAGCUCCUUCUUCCUCCUCCACCUGCUCCUCUCCCGGCCUCUCCCUCAGUCCAGCUCCAGACUCGGCACUGUCCCCUGACCCAGUCGGCUGGGAGGUGCACACUGACCAGGACAGUGGCAAGGCCUUCUACUAUCAUCCUGCAACGCAGCAGAGUAGCUGGGCAGACCCACGGAGCCCCACUCCGGCCGCAGGCAUGGAGGCCUCAGCCACAGCCCUGCCUGCCCCCUCCUCCACCUCUCCGGCCCUCCCACGGAGCUCUGACUGGGAGCAGCUACUGGAUGAGACUACUGGCAGGCACUACUACUACAACCACACACUCAAGCAGACCACAUGGGUAGCGCCAGAGCCUCAGGCGGAUGGACCAGUAAGACACUCCAGCUGCAGUGGGGUUCCUCCUUUACCUGAGGAGGACUACCCUACAGAAGAUCAUGGGCCUCAGAAUGCCCCACACGCCUUCAAGGAUGCGCUCGUGCCACAGGGUAAACUGCCAGUUUUGCCCCGGGUCACCCUGGACCCAGGGACCCCCAUACCCACUGGCUGGACCUGCUCCACAGAACCUGGUGGAAAAACUGUAUUUACCAACGAGCACACACACCAGCAGUGGAUCCAAUCAAAGGAUGACAAAGGCAAGACAUAUUACUACUUAAAAGAUGGCUCUAAAUCUCAGUGGACCCUUCCAGAGGCUGCAGCACCAUCCGGACCUCCACCGCUGGGGAAUGGCUUGGAGCCAGACGCUCAACCUAUCCUGAAAAACUGGAGACACACCAUGGGCCAGAUCAACACAUCACAUGAGGACACGCAGAAGUUUUUCCCAAGCCACCGGAGGAUUGCUUCAGAUUAUGCUAGUGAUACAUCAAGCACAGGAAAUUCACCGGAGAUUCAUCAUCAGGAGGACAAGUUGAGACAGAGGAGGAACCUAUCCAGCACAGACCCACACCAUCACCAUCAUGCUUUACUGCUAGAGAAGGCUGGCAUUCUCAACAAGACCAAAGUGGCAGAUAAUGGGAAGAAACUGAGGAAGAAUUGGGCACAGUCAUGGACCGUGCUUCAUGGAGGAAUUCUCACUUUCUACAAAGACCCCAAAUCCACACCUGGUGGAAAUGUGACGAAAACCAAUCAGAUUGUCCCAGAGUACACUGUGGAGCUGAAGGGUGCCGCGGUUUACUGGGCGUCUAAAGAGAAAUCCAGCAAGAAGAACGUUCUAGAGCUAAAAACUCGCCAUGGUUCAGAGUAUUUGAUGCAAUAUGACACUGACAGCAUCAUCCAUGACUGGCACAAGAUCAUCCAGGAUACCAUCAGGCAUCUGGAUCAUGACCAUUACUCAGAGGAGGAGGAAGAUGAGGUAAUGGAAAAAUCCCCACAGCCUAAUGACAGAGAGAGGAAGAACACUGCUGUGAGGCAGAGUUCCACAGCCGCUGCAGACACAGACCAGGGCCGCGUUCGCACAAAGCUGCGCAAGUUCCUCCAGAGACGACCCACACUGCAGUCUGUCAAAGAUAAGGGCUACAUCAAAUACAAUGUCUUUGGCUGUCACUUGGACACGCUGUGUCAUCGGGAGAACACCAACGUACCCAGAUUUGUUGAGAAAUGCAUAAAGGCCGUGGAGAGAAGAGGUUUAAACGUUGAUGGAAUCUACAGAGUGAGCGGGAACCUGGCAGUCAUCCAGAAGCUUAGGCACAAAGCUGAUCACGAGGAGGAUCUGGAUCUGGACGAUGGUCAGUGGGAAGAGAUACAUGUCAUCACUGGAGCACUGAAGCUGUUCUUCAGGGAGCUUCCCGAGCCUCUGUUCCCUUACAGCUUCUUUGACAAGUUCAUCGCUGCCAUUAAAAUCACUGACUACAGCCAGAAGGUUUCAUACAUGCAGGACUUGGUGAGAGCAUUGCCUGUGCCCAACCACAACACCAUGGAAGUGCUUUUUAAGCACUUACGCAAAGUGAUUGAACAUGGGGACUCGAACCGUAUGUCUGUCCAGAGCAUGGCCAUAGUGUUUGGCCCCACCCUACUCAGGCCUGAAGAAGAGUCGGGCAACAUCACAGUCCACAUGGUCUUCCAGAACCAGAUAGUGGAGCUCAUCCUCAACGAGUUUAAUGAAGUUUUCCGUCCCAGAUGAGCCACUCAGCCUGAGUGUCAUGCCAUCAAUCCCUGAUGCUAAACCCUGACCCCAGGAGUCUGAAACUGUUGACCACUUUUGUGUUUGGGCACUACUAAAUGGCCAUAUUUACAGCUUAAUCUAAUGGUACACGAGGAGUGCAUUUGAGUAUGGAGAAAUACAGAACUUCGUUCAAUCACCGAGAUCUAGUUGAGGAUGGUUAUUCAAGUACCGGCCUUGACCACAAUAUCACAAAUCACUUGUUUGUUGUGUGCUGUGAGCUUCCUGACCUGUCACAAGGUGCAACAAACAAAUAAUUUUGGUCAACAAUAAUGCAGGCCAAUUUAACAUCAAGGAUUAAUUAAUGCUGUAUUAAUAUGAUAUUUUGCCCAUAUCAUACAGCCCAAUAAGUAUUAGAGCUAACUUGUAUGUUAUCAUGUAGCAUCUCCAACACUUGGUUUUUAUUCCAAAGUCAAAUAGCUUUUUGGUUUGUACAGCUACACGUCACUGGUCGAAUAUGAACCAACCAAUCACAGAUUUGCAUUUGUCCAUACCGUGCUUAUGUUACCAAAUUUCAGCAACCUUGCUUUGUGUCCAAGCAGUUUGUGUUUACCUAGUCACAGUGCUGGGGAUUGAGAAGCUAGCGGCCCAAAUGCAGACACUCAGGCUAGAGACAUUAAGCUCCAUGGGAGGAUUGUGCUAGAGGCUUUGGGAGGGACCCUGGAUGUACACCAUUGCUUCUUGGUUGGCCUGGAUUGGCUGCUCUAUGCAUUAUCAAGUCUAUAAAGGACAUCCUUCUGGAAACUUUAGUUUGAAUUCUGUUCUUGCCUAUCAGCUUUGUGUUGAGAGAGAGUAUUCUCAUCCACUGCUAUAAGUGCUGUGAGCAGAUCCCAAGAGUCUUCAGUGGUAACAAACUACUGGACUGUUCUCUUAAAAAACAAAAUGGUAAUUUUUGUGUGGCCUAUUAGACACAAUCCACUUGCCAAAACAUAUUGUAACAGUUGAAGUCUAUUGCUGUUGUGUUAUCUGAUCUAUCCAAGUAAGUGACUGCUGGUAGGUGACUCAGGGGAGCCAUUCUGAACCUGCAUUCAGUUAUGACAUGCUGCGAAUAGAUAGCAUAAAUGAUGUGAGCUCAAAAAUACCAUACAGUCAUGUGCAAAGUUUGGGUGCCCCUGGUCAAUUUGUAUUGUUGAUUUUCUAAGUGAAAAUAAGUUAACACAUCCUCUACAGAGAACAGAGUACAUUUUAGUGUACAAUUACUGUUUAUUUGCUGAAUUUAACACAUUGGGGAAAAAAAUCUAAAGUUGCACAUGGGCAAAAGUUAUGGCAUAUUUUUAUAUAUUUAAUUUGCAGAAAAAUGCCACAAUUAAGUUUUUCUCUGUACAGGAUGUGUUACUUGCAAUUCUAAUUUGACGGAGGGUAUUCAAACUUUUGCAUACAACUGUAUAAGUAGAGAACAUGUAGCUCUGUCCAAACCUGCAGUUGCACUGAUCCUCACUGAUUGGUCAUCUGCAGAGAUGUUUGCCAUACUUAUAUUUAUAUUAUGUCAGUAUCCAGGCUGUUUUUUGGAUCCCAGGUAUUUAAGGACCAAAUAAGUGCCAAUGCGCUGCCUUAGCUCACCAAAAAGCUGUCAUAACAUGAAAAUUACCAACCUUGUCAGUCCAUACAUAUGUGUUUAAAUCUGUUCAAAACAUGAACAUGAAAGACACUGCUUACUACAAGAAGCAUUUUAAACAUGACAACUAUGGAAAUAGUCCAAAAAAAGUGGACAAUAGUCACAACCCUGUUUAGGGCUUUAUGUAAGAUACAUUACCAUUACAGACAUUUUACCUGCAGCUGAAUAUAACACAGAAUACUGGUCAAAUCGAACAUGCUAUGAACAUUUGUAUUACUGUAUAAAAUGGUUGAAUGAUGAAUAAGUAUCCAUAGAUUUGUACAUAUCUUGAUGUUUAUAUGAAAGGAGGUUAUACAUUUCACAUAUUAAGGCUCUGUAAAUAGACAAUAGUAAAUUCACUUUACAAAUAAAUAUUCUUCAAGUUAAUAAUUUAAUUUUAUUGAAGUGUUUACUAUGGUUUUAUCACUGGUAAGCAGUUCUGAUAAGAAAUCCUUCACCAGAAAUCACUAUUUAACACCAAGCAAAAGAUGUUAAGUGAAAUUCAUUGAUAAUAUAAACACAAAAAAAGGUUCAGUGUAGAAAAUUUUAGCUAGAACAAAAUCAUUGCACUCAUUCUCAACAACGAUGGCUGGAGUUAAUAGGUCAGACUUGUUCCCUUGCUGACUGUACUACAAACCGGGACUGUGACAAACACAUUGUAACUAAACAUUGAUGCAGUCGAUACAUGACCUUUAUUACCUCUGUUCAAUCUGUUUUACUUUCAAUAAAUUGAGUUUAUUAAACUAAUAAGUAUCUAAUAAACUGAUUGUGACAGUGGGGAAGUGGUCUAGCAUCGCCAGUGAGGCAUGCUCAUGCACAUCGACGUUAGCUUAGUAGCGGUAAUGUUUAUGUCACAGCACACAAAGCAAUUUUAGACAAUUAUAUGCUUUAUGGUAACAGUUUGGGGAAGGCCCGUAACAGUCCCAGCAUGAUUAUGCUUCUGUACACAAAGUGAGCUCCAUAACAAAGAAAAUUGGUUUGACAAAGUUUGCUGUGGAGGAACUCCAGUGGCCUGCACAGAGCCUGGACCUCAACCUCACUGAAUGCCUUUGGGAUGAUUUGGUACAUCAAUUGUAAGCCAGGCCUUCUCAUCCUACACCAGUGCCUGACCACACAAAUGCUGACUGAAUGAGUAUAAAUUCCCAGGGACACACUUAAGUCUUGUGGACAGCUUUCACAGAAGAGUGGAGGCUGUUACAGCCAUCGGCCACCAGCUCAAUGUUCUUUUUUCACCCUUUCAUAUCAAGAGUGGAGGGUCUUAUGUUCCAUUUCAGUGUGCUCACAGUGCACCUUUAACUUUUGAGUGGCAACAGAAAAGAAUGAUACUGCAACAUCAAUAUGUGCCAAGAGCAUUAUGCACCCAUGCCAGGUCCUCAGUGUGAGCUGUGGUUGUUUGGUGUCCAGGGCCAAAAAAGUUGAGACUAGCCCAGAAUGUGGAGUAUCCAGUUGCAAAAGAAACUCCUGUGCUGUGACCAGGUUAUCACUCCCUAACUUUCACACACAUACAGUGUAUGUGUAGCAUUGUGCCAACUGCACGCCUAAAAUAUCUUGCCUCAAACCGCUUUGAGUUGUUAAGUAGCCUCAAAUGAAUAGACUUUUUAAUGUGGUUUCUGAUACUGUAUGACAUACUGUUAUCUAUAAAAAUUGACAAAAGGUAUAGACAAAAUUCAGGCUUCAAGGCUGCCACUACUGUUUCUAGCAAUGGUUUGUGGAUUCCCUCCUGUCUCUUCUGUGCCUUCUCAUUUAACACACCAACUGCAAUCAGCCAUCAUACUCAUCCUACUAAAGUUUAUUUCUGGAUUUUAUAAUACCCUUAUUAAGGCUUCCCUGCUGAAAAAAAAAAACAGUUUAGACCGGAUUGGAACUUAGAUGGUCUAUAUAUUGUACUGUCUAUAUUAUGGUCUAUAUAUUGUAUUGUCUAUAUUAUGUAUAUGUAUUCAGUUUUCUCUUGUUGAUAUAACUUAACAAAUGCAUGUCUGUGAAACUGA